GAAAUGUAUGUAACUGUGUCUGUUGUGAGACAAACACGGACCACAUGUAUGAUUCAUGUUAACGUGUCCCACCCUCAUCGUCAUGGUGAGGUGGGAGGGUUCGGCAGGUACCAGUGGCUCCAUGUCACGCUCAUCAGUCUACCUGGUUUGUUGAUGGCGAGUCAGAACCUGCUCAACAACUUUGUCUCUGGAAUCCCCGCCCACCACUGCACCCUGCCGGCCAAUCACAGCUUCUCUAACCUGUCUCACUACCAGGUGGACGAGAAGCAGCUGCUCAAGGUUUUCAUUCCUCUGGACUCCUCUGGAAAUAGACUGGACCGCUGCAGGAGGUUUGUGGAGCCGCAGUGGCAGCUGUUAGCCACUAACAACUCAGCUAAUGUUAGCCAGCUACAGACAGAAGAAUGUGUGGAUGGUUGGACAUUCGACCGCUCCGAGUUCCUCGCAACCACUGUCUCUGAGUGGGACCUGGUGUGUUCGUUGCGUCCUCUGAAGCAGAUGAUUCAGACCAUCUAUAUGGGCGGAGUUUUGGCGGGAGCCAUCAUCUACGGCAGUCUGUCAGACAGGUUUGGGCGGCGAUCUGUCCUCAUUUGGUCGUACCUGCAGCUGGGAGUGCUGGGCAGUAGCGCCGCCCUCUCUCCCUCAUACACUGCCUACUGUAUUUUUAGGUUUCUGAGCGGGAUGGCGGUGUCCGGCAUCAUCCUCAAUGGAGUCUCACUGAAGGUGGAGUGGAUUCCGACCAAAGAGAGAACACUGGUUGGGACGCUCACGUCAUUCUUCUUCACCUUUGGUCAAAUGGUCUUGGCGGGACUCGCUGAUUGGUUAAGAGACUGGAGGAAGCUGCAGGUCGUCGUCUGUGUGCCAUACUUUCUAUUCUUCGCCUACAGUUGGUGGUUCUCAGAGUCAGCCCGUUGGUUGGUUAUGAACCGGCAGUCUGAGAAGGCGUUGAAGAAUUUACACCGAGUCGCUCGAAUUAAUGGAAAACCAGAGAUGAUUGACAAGUUAACGCUGGAGGUUAUGAACUCACACAUGAUCAAAGAGAUGGAGUCAAGUCGUUCGACGUUUACAGCGUACGACCUCCUGAAAACGAAAGCGAUGAGACGCAUCUCCGUCUGUCUGAUGGCUGUCUGGUUCUCCACGAGUUUUGCAUACUAUGGUUUGGCGAUGGACCUGCAGAAGUUCGGGGUAAAUAUCUACCUGAUGCAAAUCAUCUUUGGAGCCGUCGAUUUUCCUGCCAAAUUGUUGGCUCUGGGCAUGCUCAGUUACUUCGGGAGGCGGGUCUCUCAGGCCGUCUGUCUCUUCCUAUCAGCUGCCGUCAUCUUCGCCAACAUGUUUGUCCCCACAGACAUGCAGGUAGUCAGGACAACCUUUGCGUGUCUUGGUAAAGGCUUCACCUCUGCGUCGUUCACCACCGCCUACCUGUACAGUGGCGAGCUCUACCCCACUGUCAUCAGGCAGACAGGAAUGGGUUUCGUCUCCACCAUGGCGAGAGUCGGCAGCAUGGCGGCGCCCGCAGUUCUCAUUCUGGACGAGGUAUUCCCUGCUCUACCCAGUGUGGUGUAUGGGGGAGCGGCAGUGUUGGCUGGAGGCUUUGCUUGUUUUCUGCCAGAGACUCUGAACAUCCCGCUGCCAGACACCAUCCAAGAUGUGGAGGAGAACUGGUCUGGAAGAAGCCCUGCAACUCGACAGAAAGAGGGCGUGUCCUUACGAGAAGGCAUGAUCUCUGAAGACCUCAUUAAAUCCUGUGGGGGCAUGGUCUCAAAGGAGGGUGUGACUUUAAAAGAGCGAAAGGAAACAGAAGGAACCGGCCUCAAUGCACUCUGACCAAUCCGAUGCUGCCACAUCACAUAAUCAGAACAGGAGGGAAGAGUAGGGAGCACUCUGCUCCUGUAACCAUAGAGAUGUCAAUCAGAGAGUAUUACAGUUUUCACCAUGGUUACUGUAGACAUCCACAGCUGGUCCAGAAUUUCCUUUUGUGUCUUUUUUUUUCUUAAAUUAAGGGGACAUUAACAAUGAUAAUAGGAAAUCAACAACAACUGAGAUGGAAAGUUGCUGCUGAUUUUUUUUCAUAAAUAUUUGAAAGUUUUUAUUAAACUGGUAAUGAACUUUCAAUUUCUGAUAUUCCCAUGGUGAUGUGAUGACACAAAGACACUGAUGCUGUUGAAACUAUUACUACGGCAACCACAAACCUCGACUUCACUUCCUCAUACCUGGACUCAACCCUGACCAAUCAGAUAGAAGGACUGAAUCUUAACCAAUCACGAAGCUGUAAUCAUAAUGAUGAACCAGUGAUGAAGGAGGAGAGUUCAGAAUAAUCAUGUGAUCAGUCAGACGAUUAUUGAUUAGAUCUAUAUGAUGUUGCCAGAGCAUUGCGAUAAUACAAUGUAAAAAGUGUAAUAUGGCAAUAUUAAUACUGAUGAAUCAAUAGUAUAUGUAUGAGGCUGUAACACAUUAAUAAAACUGAUUAUUAUUAAUCUGAUUGUUGUUGUUUUUGCUUUGAAAUGAAAUAAAGUUUAUGGUGAAGGUCAGGGGUUAUUUUCAU